AUGACUACUUCACCUCCCGCAGCGGUCGCUGAAUCUAUCGACCAAUUGGAAGACUCAGGGGCCAGUAACGAAACGGAUUCGGGUGAUGAAAACCCAAUUGGAGUUAUUGAAAUUGACCAGGAAACCAUUACUGAAUCCGAAAGAAAAAAAAAUUCAGAAUUUUUUUGUGGCAGGGGUUCUAAAACACCUGAGCGAUACAUGAAAAUUAGGAAUUUCAUUCUUAAUGCGUGGAAUAGUAAUAAACCAAAAUAUGUAUCCAAGACAAGCGUCAGAUCAGGACUCAAGGACUGUGGGGACGUGAAUGCUAUCGGUCGUGUUCAUACGUAUUUAGAAGACAUAGGUGCAAUCAAUGUUGGUGAUGAUUUAGUAAAGAGAAAGCAACGAACUUUCAAGCCAAAGGUACUCUAUGACGCGGAUAAAGGUGCUAGUGUAAUUAAAAAAAGAAAAGGGAAGGCUACUCCAAAUGAAUAUGAUGAUGAUGGAGAGGAAGGAACUCCAGGUACAAUUUCUUACAAAAUUGCCGCAAGAGAAGUUUUCGCUGAAAAAGGUCUUGAGUUUGUUGGAUGGUAUCAUUCACAUCCGACAUUUGAACCUCAACCUUCCGUCCGUGAUAUUGAAAAUCAAACGCAGUAUCAGGACGAUGUCUCGCGCCUUGAUAAAAUGCUAGAAUCAUUAUCAUCGCAUAUAUCUGUUGCUUCUUCCGCAGCCGAGAGUUUUAUUUCUCGGGUAAGAGAACUUAUGAAUGCAAACUUCCGUCCAGACAAGAAGAGUAAUGCGGAAUGUCAUGAUAAUACUGAUUCAAUAAUAAAAAAAGGACAAGAAUAA